AUGGCAUCUCUUUACUUAUACAACCCCUCGAUGGCUGCCGCUUGCGUCUUCGUCGUCCUGUUUUCUUCAACUCUCGCCGCUCACGCGAUUCUCCUUUACAAGAAACGAACCCGCUUCUUCAUCCCAUUUAUCGUCGGCAUUGUCUGCGAAAUCCUUGGGUACGUUGCUCGUGCCAUAUCGGCAGCCCAAACACCGAAUUGGCAGGUGAUGCCUUACGCACUACAAUCUCUCAUGCUGCUCAUCGCCCCGUCAUUGCUCGCGGCAUCCAUCUACGGCAUGCCAGGACGGCUUAUUAUCGUAUCAAACGGCCAAGACUACAGCCCAAUCAAACCGACGAUUCUUACUAAGGUCUUCAUCACCAACGAUGUCCUCUCUUUUCUGGUACAGAGUGGAGGUGGGGGUAUCCUCACUAAUGCAAAGUCGCCGAGCAAGAUUCAGCUGGGAGAAAACGUCAUCAUCGUUGGUCUUUUCAUUCAGCUCAUUGGCUUUGCUCUUUUCAUUGCCGUCACAGCGGUCCUCCACUGGCGUAUUGCUCAAGAGCGAGGGCAAGAUCUGAGACACGCCGCCUCUUGGGAGAAGUUUCUUUGGAUAUUAUAUGGCGUCAGCGUACUGGUCUUGGUCCGUUCACUUUUUUGCGUCAUUGAGUACAUUCAAGGUUACGAUGGAUACUUACAAACAACCGAGGUGUUUCUGUACGUCUUUGAUGCCGCUCUCAUUUUUCUCGUCACUUUCAUCCCAGCUGUAUUCCACCUUAGCAAGGUAACGGCCGUAGAUGAAGACGGCAACAUUGUUCCCGUGGAAGGAUCACAUGAAUUGAGAAGUUUCGUAUCACUGGGAACCAACAGCGCUCAAGAUUUGAGUGCGAGCUGGGUCCCCAAGGAUAAUCAUCGGAGGGAGUAUGGUGGUCACUGA